AUGGUCAAGCACAGAGGUUCUAACGUCAACAUAUACACAUUUUGGUGGUCCUUGAAAAAGGAAAGAUCCUGACUUUAUGCAACAAAUGAAAGACCUCUGUAUCCGAUUCUUGUUUUCAAAAUUAAUAAGCAAAGACGGUCAAAGAUGAGCGAUCUUUUGAACUACAUCCUCCAGCACGAGGAUGCUUUCAGGAAGAACCGUCUCCCGUCCCUCUAUUCCGAUUUCACUAUACAGAAAAGGACAAAUCCAGAUGGAUACGCGGUUAACGUCGCUGCAUGGGAACAUGCGCUAACAAGCGCUGCAAGAGCGGGUUGUAUCUCUCCUUCAUAUGCACCAGGUGGCACGCCGCUAGGGUCCGCUCCUCCUAUAACGAAGAGUAAACCUGGAGAACAGAGAACAGGCGAUCACCUCGUUCUAAGGGUGGACAACUAUCUACUGGGGGAUUUGGAGCUACCUGAAUUUGGCCGGCCAGUAGCCCUUACUGCAGUAAUUGAUGAGGCAAUUCGGAAACGCACCAUGAUUCCCUUGCAACUAUACAGAACCACUGCAGGUAGUUUGCGGAAAAAGAGCUGGACCAUCAUUGAUACUGCGGCACUGGGUCCGUGGAAUAUUAUGAGCUGGGGCAUGAAGCAGCUGAGAGGAUUCGUGGUAGGGUCAGAUACUCCCGACUCGUUACCGGAAUUGCCGGCACAGGAACUGGUUUUGGUCGAGAAUUUAAAGGAGACAGCAAAUCUGGUGAUUACACAGUCUGCGAAGCAUAGCCCAGCUUUAACCGAUCGUGUAUACUCCAAAGAAAGCUUCGUAGCUGAAUAUGCGUCGAUUUUGAACCAAAGUACCCAACUAUCUCCGACUGAUUUCGAUGUUCUCCUGCUAUAUUUAUCUCGUGACACCGGCGCGAUUGCAUAUGAUGGUCAGACAAUAAGAUUCAGAAGUCAAAAUGAUAGCCCCACAAUAACCCAACAGGACACCACCGUCUCAUCAUUGAAAACAUUGAUAUCAACUAUAUCAAAACAGGCCGAGGGGCUGGGAAAUAAAAUAGCUGAGCUGACUGCGACGGCAAAGGCAGCUCUGAAUAACAAAAAUCGGAUAUCAGCGCUUGCAGCUCUACGUUCCAAAAAGCUCGCUGAGCACAAUUUGAAGCAGAAACUAGAUACCCUGGCACAGCUUGAAGAAGUAUAUAUAUCAAUCGAGCGCGCCGCGGGUCAAGUCGAGGUCGUUCAGGCAAUGGAAGCAGGCGUAAAUGCCCUCCGUACGCUACACGCUAAAAUUGGCGGACCUGAGAGAGUGGAGAAUGUGGUCGACGACUUGCGGGAAGAGAUGUCCAAGACGGACGAAAUAGGAAAUAUCAUCAAUGAGACCGCCCUUACAGUCGAUGAAGAUGAGAUCGAUGAGGAGCUCGAAGCUAUGGAGGAUGCGGAACGGCAAGCGAAGGAGGAUAGAGAAGUAGAGGAUACUUUGAAGAGGCUCGCAGAUCUCGACAAGGCCGCGAAAGAGGCUGGGCGAAAGACAGAAGCAGAGGAGGCUGUUGAAUCCGAUUUGGCUGAAAGCAUCGGAAAGCUUUCCCACAUGUCGAUCGAGGAAAGCUCGGAAGCAACCAAGGGCCGCCCACUACCAGCAAAAUGAGACGAAAUAUGUCCGAGUUGCACCAUUAAGUCGGCGCAUAUACGCUUACUAUGCGAAAGAUCGCGUGCAUGUAUGGAUGAAUAACUAUUCAGCUGGAUUUUUGAUAGCCUGGGUAUCACUGGUAUUCUGAUAUGCAUGAACUGCAUCCUCGGCGUCAUUUACACCCAUUUGUCUUACAGGUAGCUGUGCUGGCUUCUGGACAUCGUCUGCGGCGGUGGGUGAGUCAUGAAACGCCUCGGAUUUUGGCGGUACCUCUGGCUUCUCUUGUGCAACAGAAGCUUGGGGAAUGGUCGACCGAACCAUGGCAUCACUCCUUUGUCGGGCACUCGCGAUCAAUCGUUUGAAUUCGUAAUCGUGGGAUGCCGACCAGGCCGCUCCGUCGAAAUCCUUGCGCAUAACGGAAUUUGUCGAGCCUACAGAGGGCGACGCAGCGGCCUGUCCACCUUGUGUACGCUCCCAAAUGUCAAGCUCCCGCAACAGUUCCUUUUUCGACUUUGGUGUUUUUGAAUCGCAAUUUGCAUUCCACAAGUUCAUCCAUUCGGUGUGGCGCCUUUGUAGGAGUGGCCGAGGGCCCCAAUCCGGUAUACCCAGGUCUCUGAGUUUUCUACGGAGUACCCCGUCUUUCAGUAUGGAAUAGUUCAUGGCCGGAAGUCGUUCAGGGGGUUUGGCCAUAUUGCGUGAAAUAGGCUUCAGAGAUCUAGAAGAGACAUCGAAUCAGAUAAUCCAUCAGCUAUAGAAUAUAGCGUACUGGGUGCUUUCAUUGAUUUUGCCUACCCGAAAGAUGUCUGCUUUGGAGUAUUUGCGGAAGUCCCCGUGCAAGCAUCUAGAUGUUGAAAUACAGCCUCAUUUUUCAUUCUUCGGUUACAGAUCGGACACGCAACGAGGCCAUCGUCUAGGUAUAGAUGAUUAGAGAUAUUAUCAUAUAUAAAUUAAAGGAAGCAUGAUAAACACUUACCC